UGUGACACGUGUGAGCUGUGUGGGAGGGCGGCAGGGACACGCGGCCCAGGGCUUUGCGGGAAUCUACGUCGCAGCCUACGCGUCCACAGGUUCAAGCCCCGGAGCACUGAAGGAUUUCCCAACUUGCCAAAAGGCAAACACGAGAAGAGCGUGGCGUGGGACUUUGAGCCCUCGGUCCCCAGAGCGGACCGCGCGCGAUGCUUGGACCUGGCGCUCCCCGGCUGGUGACACUGCUGCUGCCGCCGCGACGCCUCCUGCGCCUUCCAUCUCGCGGCAUCAUCGACAUGUCGUACACGCAGCACUUCGUGGAGGGCGGACGGCCGCUUCCGCGCUCGCACUCUAAGCUCGUGGUGACGGCGCUCAGCACCGACUUCCGCGAAGCCGUUCAGCUGCAGGAGGCGCCCGUGCCGAGCCCGGACAGCGACCAGGUGCUGGUGCGCAACAGGUUUGUGGGCAUCAACGCGUCGGACAUCAACUUCUCGGCGGGGCGCUACAACCCGCGCGUGCGCCCGCCGUUCGACGCGGGGCUGGAGGCGGUGGGCACGGUGGUGGCGCGAGGGCUGGCGGCGAGCGCGCGCUUCUCGCUGGGGCAGCCCGUCGCCUACGCCGCCGAGGGGGCCUUCGCCGAGUACAAGGUCGUCCCGGCCGCAAGCAUCUUCCCGCUGCCGGAGCUGAAGGCCGAGUACCUGACGCUGCCGGUGAGCGCCCUCACCGCGCUGCUCAGCCUGGAGCGUUCCGCGGAGCUGCGGGCCGGCGAGUCGGUGCUGGUGACGGCCGCGGCCGGCGGCACGGGCCAGUUCGCCGUGCAGCUGGCGGCGCGCGCCGGGUGCCGCGUGCUCGGCACGUGCUCGUCCGACGAGAAGGCCGCCUUCCUCGCCACGCUCGGGUGCCACCGGCCCAUCAACGUGCGCAAGGAGAGCCUCGCCAAAGUGCUCAAGGAGGAGUGCCCCAAGGGCGUGAACGUGGUGUACGAAUCGGUGGGCGGCGACACGUUCGAGACGGCCGUCAACAGCCUGGCGGUGUGCGGCCGCCUCAUAAUCAUCGGCUACAUCGAGGGCUACCGGGCAGAAGCGGGCAGCGCCGGCGGUGACAAAAAAACCAAAUCCGCCAGGGUCCUGCCGAGCGUCCAGGCGCACCUGCUGGUGAAGUCGGCGAGCGUGCGCGGGUUCUUCCUGCCGCACUUCGUGGCGGAGCACGGGGCCGGCGUGGAGCGGCUGGCGGGGAUGGUGCGACGCGGCGAGCUGCUGGCGGCGGUCGACGGAGGCGCCGCCACGGACGGCGGGCCGUUCCGCGGGCUGGACGACGUGCACCGUGCCGUCGAGCACCUGUACUCGCGCCGGAGCCUCGGCAAGGUCGUGGUGGAGCUGCCGGAGUCACCCGCGGCCAAGCUGUAGUGGCAGUUAGUCGACGGGCAGGGUCGCGUGCGGUGUGGUCGGUCCAGUGCGGGUACUCUCCCUUGCCUCUUCGAAAGACUUUGCAAGACGUGAAACAGUACGUCUAAGUACCCUCUAGAGAAGUACUGUCUGCCAGCAGUGGUGUGGGCAAGUCUUUACAGGGCUACAACUUUAAGUAAGUCUUUGCAGGGCUACAACGUCUAAGUACCCUCUAGAGAAGUACUGUCUGCCAGCAGUGGUGUGGGCAAGUCUUUGCAGGGCUACAACUUUACCUUCAACAAGCUGUAGCUUACGUUGGUUCUGACUGGAACUCGGGAGGGCUUCAGAGUUUUUGGCAAAGUAAGCUUUGAGGGAUGGCGUGUUAGCGGGCGCCCCGAGCAUCGGCGGACGGCAGUAAGAACACAAUGUGAGGUGGGCAAGUGGUGAAGGAGGAGGUCGAUGGUGCAGAGUUAGAGGUUCUCGAUGCUUGAGAAUGUUGUGUGUGGAUGUGAGCAUGACCAGAUGUGUGGUGAGCGCGAGCGUAAGUGGGUAUUGUGGGUGGUUGGUGGUGGAGAGUUAUGGCUGUGUGUGCCAGUUAUGUGUGUUAUAACGUGAUCAUCUAGGAGGGCUUGGAGUGCGUGCUGGAGAUUUGACGGACGUGAUGCAACAAAAUGGAUAUCUAGGUUGGUCCGACGUGUUUGCAGUGCUGUUAUGGCCAAUUAUUUGCAGAAAUGACUUAAUGAUUCGGCUACAGGAAUCGAACUCAACUCAAUGUAGUGGAGUGAACACUGACUACUAGCUGACGAAACUAACAAUACAGCUGCAGAAUAUUUUUUAACUGUGUAUGCCAAGCAUGCCGUGAUGGUAAUUGGCUCAUUACUCAGUAUGUAAUUGCCUGUGUCUUAAUGUCAAACUUGCCUACUGUUUGAUUUAGCCAGGGUCUGCCAGUGAUUGCAAGCCGAACGCAAUUACCAGCGUGUAUACAAUUAACUAGAUAAGGGUGAAUAAGCGUUGUGAUAUAAUGUUUGAAGAGUUAUUUGCCAAAGCGUGUUUGACACCUGCUUUUUGAAUGCACACCCACAAACGCACGCGAAACAUUGGGAUGCAAUGUCUAAAAAAAUUAACCCGUAAAAACAAAGUUUUUCACUAUAAAUCCUUUAUAUGCGUGGCAUCGGUUUUAUUUUAUUAUUCAUUUCUGUUUUUCUUGAGUAAGAGUUUCAUUUUUAUCACAUUGGUAUUUUAAAUUAAAUAUGAAUGUUUUUUUUCCUAAAAAGUGGAAAAUUUUUGAAAAAAAUUUUUCACGAAAAUAAAUUGUCACGCACAACGAGUCUGUGUGCAAAAUGUCAGCUCGAUUGGAUCACGGGAAGUGGGUUAAAAACGACCGAAAGAUUUGCACGGUCGUAAGCGCGCAAGCAAGCAAGUGAACUUAAUAUAAAGGAUUUAAAAAGAAAAGAUGGUCUGUAAUUGGGAACCACACCGACAGGAUGAGCUCGCAAGAGACGAACACAUUCUUAGUUCACUCACGAGAGGGCCAACGCCCCUGUUGGCAUCGCUUAGGAAAGAAUUCAAGACCUCAUGGUAUGUAAAUGUCAAAAAUAAAAGUUGUAGUAAUUAGAUAAGGGACCAGGUGUUCUAUUCAUGUCGGUAAUUUGGCCAUCAGUCCAUUUUUUGGAGGAGUGUUAUGGAAAUGAAGGAUUAUUUUGCAAAUUGCUGUUGAUGCUGAUAGAACCACCAUCGUCGUCAUUUCCAACAUCGUCAUUAUUCUUCUUGGUUCUUUCGGUAAAGUCACGUAGAAGGGAAAUAAUAAAAGAAUAAAAAUAAAACAUAAUAAAAUACAUUUUAUUAUUUCCCUUCUACGUGACUUUACCGAAAGAACCAAGAAGAUGAAUCCCUGCAGUCACGAAAGCUUUACAUCGAAAAUUAAAAUCGUCAUUAUUGUUUUUAAGUGGCGCUUAGCUGCCUUUGCGCUACUGUAGGGGUGUCAGGGGAAGGA